UGUUGAUAUAAAUAAAUUUAUUAGGAAUUCAAAAAUGAAAUACUCCUGCAUCGUUGUAAUUGCCUUACUCAUUGGAACUGUAUUCUCUGCAGCUGGAGACCCCCAUCUUAGAAGAGGACAAGAACUUAUUGAUUGGAUUGAAGGAGAUAUGGAAGGAACUAUUAUUAUCAUGUUCUAUGACCAACAUGCUCCUGAGAGUAGGACUAAGGCGAUGAGAGAAGAAAUUGAAAGAGAAAUUCUUAGACCAAACCCCGGAUUCCAUUAUUACGAGGUCAAUGCGAUUAUUGACGACUAUAAAGAUGUGAGGGAAAUGUGUGAACUCAACAUGAAAGAACUCAAACAUUCUCCUACCGUUAUGGUUUCAAGUGAUGGAAAUGGAUAUUGGGCUCAUGGACAAGGAGCAGUUCAGGAAAUUAAAUAUCAACUCCCUAACUAUUCCAUCGAUAUCAGAAGACAGCUUGGAUUAAUUAGAUAAUUCCUUGAUAA